AUGAGUUGUUUACGUGUUAUGAAUUUUGACCUGGCAAUCAGGUGUUUUCGACCAAUUCAAGAUCCUGGUCUUAUUUUAGCUGUACAACGAAUUCAAAAGAUUGAAGAUCGUCCUUUACUUGCUGGCUAUAUUGCGAUGAUUUUAAAAGAAUUUGAUAAAGCACAAGAAUUAUUUUUAAUCUCAUCGGAACCAAUUGCGGCAUUAGAAAUGAGACGAGAUCUUUUACAUUGGGAAGAUGCACUUCAAUUAGCACGUAAUUUAGCACCAAAAGAAAUCCCGUUUAUAUGUCGUGAAUACGCUAUAGAAAUGGAAUAUACUGGUGAUUAUAUCAAUGCUUUGAUGCAUUAUGAACGUGCAUUAAAUCCAUCUAGUGAUGAUAAUGAAGAUAAAUCUUUAUGGAAUUCUCAAGAAAAGCACCAACCAUCACAAAAAAAAAGAUAUGAUUACAAUAAUGAAGAAUGGUCAAAACAUAUCAGUUUGUGUAAUGCUGGUAUUGCACGAAAUGCCAUUCGACUUGGUGAUUUAAAAAGAGGUAUUGAAUUGGCUUCCACAAGUGGAAAUUCUAAUUUACAAAAAGAAUGUGCUGAUAUUUUAGAAAAGUGUAAACAUUGGCAAGAAGCGGCUAAUCUAUACGAAUUAGCUGGAUGUUAUGAAUCAGCAGUGAUUGUUAAUCUAAAAUGUAAAAAUUAUAUAAAAGUUAGUGAAUUAUUAAUGCAUGUUACAAAUACACCACGAUUACAUUUACAAUAUGCUAAAGCACGUGAAACUGAUGGAGCAUACAAAGAUGCAGUUGAAGCUUAUGAAACAGCACAUGAUUUCGAUUCAGUAAUAAGAUUACAACUUGAAAAGUUGAAUAAUCCUAAUGAAGCUAUUCGUAUACUAAAUAAAUCGCAUAGUAGUGAGGGUGCUAAAAUGAUUGCACAAUAUUUCAUUAGAAAUAAUGAUCAAACUAAAGCCAUACAAUUUCUUGUAAUAUCCAAAUGUUUCAAUAUUGCAUUUGAUUUAGCAAGAAAACAUAAAAAAAUGGAAUUGUAUGCAGAGGCUAUCGGUUUGAAUGCAUCUGUCAGUGAAUAUCAGAAUAUUGCAUGUUAUUUUGAAAAUGAAAAGAAUUGGUAUUUAGCUGGUAAAUAUUAUUUAUUAGCUAAACAAUAUGAAAAGGCCAUCAAACAUUUACUUCAUGUACCUUAUCAAGAAAAUAGUCCAGCUAUCGAUUUAGCACUUGAAGUAGUUGGUGAAGCUAAUGAUAGUCGUUUAACACAUUUAGUUAUUGUUUAUUUAAUGGGUGAAACUGAUGGUAUAGUAAAAGAUGCCAGAUACUUAUUUCGUUUAUAUAUGGUUUUAAAACAAUAUAAAGAAGCCGCUAGAACAGCUGUUAUUAUAGCUAAUGAAGAACAAAUCAAUGGAAAUUAUCGAAAUGCACAUGAUUUAUUAUUUAGUAUGGUACAAGAAUUAAGACAAAGAAACAUUCAUGUUCCAUUUGAAAUGUUUGAAAACUUAACUUUAUUACAUUCUUAUAUACUUGCAAAGGUUCAUGUUAAAAAUGGUGAACAUUUACUUGGCGCCAGAAUGUUAAUUCGUGUAUCAGAGAGUAUAAGUAAAUUUCCUGCUCAUAUUGUUCCAAUUUUAACAAGUACUGUUAUUGAAUGUCAAAAAGCUGGUUUAAAAUCAACAAGUUUUAGUUAUGCCGCAAUGUUAUUACGUCCUGAAUAUCGUGAUAAAUUAGACAUAAAAUAUCGCCGUAAAUUCGAAACACUUAUACGUAGAACUGAUUUAAAAACUGAUAAUGUUGGAGUUUUGUCAGGUGAUAAUGGUUCAAUAUUAAAUCAAACGAAUUAUUCUGUUACUGAAACAUCUACACCAUGUCCAUCAUGUGGAUCACCUUUACUAGAGACUAGUUUAUACUGUACUGAAUGCAGAAGUACUAUACCAUAUUGUGUGAUCACAGGUUAUCAUGUUGUAAAAAAUGAUUUUGCCAUAUGUCCCGGAUGCCAAUUUCCUGCAUUGUACAGUGAACUUAUGAAAUAUGUUGAAAACUAUCCAACACCAAUUUGUCCAAUGUGUAAUAUUCAACUAACACGUGAUAGUAUUCGACGUUUAAUUGACUCAAAUGAUAUUUUAAAUCAAUGGAUUAAUUCAUUGAAUGUUGAUAUAUCGUAUUUAUAUCAAGCGGCUAGAACAACUGUUAUUAUAGCGAAUGAAGAACAAAUCAAUGGAAAUUAUCGAAAUGCACAUGAUUUAUUAUUUAGUAUGGUACAAGAAUUAAGACAAAGAAACAUUCAUGUUCCAUUUGAAAUGUUUGAAAACUUAACUUUAUUACAUUCUUAUAUACUUGCAAAGGUUCAUGUUAAAAAUGGUGAACAUUUACUUGGCGCCAGAAUGUUAAUUCGUGUAUCAGAGAGUAUAAGUAAAUUUCCUGCUCGUGAGUUACAAAAAAUUUUAAUAACUCAUUGA